CCAGUGCGAGGCAGUGAGAGGUUGUGCGAAGCGGUGUCUUGGCGGGAAAGGCGGAGAAGCCCAUCGAGCUGAGGUGUCUGAGGGACAAAGAAAAAGGAAGCAGCGAAGGAGAAAGAGUAGCCUUAGUUCGCAAAAGCCCUUCGCGCUCCUGGCUCGGAAGCCGAGAUGCAUCGUGAUUCGUGUCCACUGGAUUGCAAGGUUUAUGUAGGUAACCUUGGGAACAAUGGCAACAAAACUGAAUUGGAACGGGCUUUUGGCUACUAUGGACCACUGCGUAGCGUGUGGGUUGCUAGAAAUCCCCCUGGGUUUGCUUUUGUUGAAUUUGAAGAUCCACGUGAUGCUGCUGAUGCAGUGAGAGAGCUAGAUGGAAGAACACUUUGUGGGUGUCGUGUCAGAGUGGAACUAUCCAAUGGUGAAAAACGCAGUCGAAACCGUGGUCCACCUCCUUCGUGGAGUAGACGUCCUCGAGAUGACUAUCGUAGGAGAAGUCCUCCACCUCGUCGCAGAUCUCCACGAAGGAGAAGCUUCUCCCGUAGCCGCAGCAGGUCCCUUUCUAGAGACAGAAGGAGAGAGAGAUCACUGUCAAGGGAGAGAAAUCAUAAACCUUCCCGUUCCUUUUCCAGAUCUCGUAGCCGCUCCAGGUCAAAUGACAGGAAGUAGGACUUCAGGAGGAGCAAUGUACAGGAAGUCACACCAGAUCUGAAGAAAGGAGUAUGUACAGAACAUUGUUUUCUUUGAGACUCCAUAAGCUUGGUGCAUUUUUAAAAUGUUUUAGCUGUCAGAUUUUGUUUUUCUUGUCUCUUGUAACGUGACAAUGUAACAGUUGUGAAUCUGUAUAUGGUUCUGAGCUGGUCAUAUGAAGUGUAAUAAAUUUGUGGUUUUACAGUGUACCCUUAAGCAUAACUUUGAUUUACAUUGAUGUUAGCUAGUGACCUUGCAUAGACUUAACCAAAUAAAACCUCAGAAGCCAAUCAUUGGCAAAUGUUCUUACUCAUUUGGAUUGUGUUCUGGAAUUUUUGCAGGAUCUAAACUUGAAACAACAUGUGGACUGCUAAUCAUGAACAUUUGCUGUUGUCAUAGAUGGGCAGAGUGAGACCUGGAGGUUUGAUUAGUUUGUCAAAAUAGUGGACAGUUAAAAACGAAUAGCAACUGAAGUCACUAUGAAAGCCUUGUGGCUGGACUUUUUACUGAACUAUUCUAAAGUUCUGAUUUAUAGCAGCUCAGUCAAAACUUCUGACUGUACAGUGUAGAUUAGUUUUUUCACUUCUCAUGUGGCACAUUAGUAACUGCUAAAGUGUGCAGACCAAAAUAAGAGAAGGAUGACUAUAUAAGGGUACACUGUAAAUGCAAAUCUUUUUGUGCAUACGUUGUCAAUGUCACUGUAAACUCUUGAAGAUCUUUGGAUUAAAGUUUUGGUUACAAAUCAUUCUAA